AUGGAAGCGCCUGAACCUAACGCUACUCAGGAACCUAUAGGUGCUUAUAGAAAGUAUCAGGACCAUGCUGAUAUUAUACAGUGUAUUGUACUUGCAUCGUUGACACUUGAUCUGCAAGAGCAACAUAAGAAUUUGGAUCCCAGCUCCAUCAUCACACAUCUCAAGGAGCUCUUUCAUAAGCGUGCUAGGCACGAAUGUUAUGAGGUGUCAAAGGCAUUAUAUAGAUGUCAAAAGACUAAGGGAACCCCGGUAGGCCUGCAUGUAGUCAAGAUGAUUGGCUACAUACAUAAGCUUGAAAUACUAGGAUUUGGUAUGGAGGUAAAACUAUCAAUAGAUCUUGUUCUGCAAUCCUUGUCUGAUUCCUUCUCCCAAUUCAUAAUGAACUUCAAUAUGAAUUCUAUGGAGAGGUCUCUCUCAGAGCUUCUGAAUAUACUGAAGAUGGUAGAGAAGGACAUAAAGAAUUCCAAGUCAGUGAUGCUAGUAAACUCUACACCAUGUAAAGGAAAGGAAAGGGGAGGUAAAGGAAAUGCCAAGGGAAAAUCCAAAGCUCAACCCUAA